GCGAGGGGGUAUAGCGGUGUGUCGUGAGCGGACUAUAUGAGUUUUCCUUUGAAAAGGCAAUUUGUUGUUGGUGUGCCGGAUAAUAUUACUUGUGGCGGUGCUGAGAAAAGCUAUGGUAAAUAUUGCUAAAACUGGUUUCAUCUACGAGUGGUUUGGUCACUGACAUUUAGAGCUGUUUGAUUCAUACGUAGUCAGUACUUUUGUUGAAACUUUUAUAACAAAGUGUUGAUAUUGUGUGAAAACAAAAGACAGGCUUACGAAAAUCCUAACUAAUCAUUUGCUAACUAAUAUUGUAUCGAGGUGUGAGGAGGAGGUAAGGACGGUGGCAGGUACCAAGGGAAGGUAAUAACUGGCACAGCGACACCCAGGUGUGGGGGUAAGGAGCUUUCUCCUCCCGACAUACACCACGUAUGCCUCCUUUCUUACCACGGCAUCCAAAAUCUCCAACACUUCACCUCGUCAGCUGUACAUAGAGCGAACUGGUUGUCGCUUCCCUCAAGCGAUAUAUUUUAACGCGUGUUGGGCGGUAAAAGAUGAGUAAAACGCCUAGUUGAGAGCGGCUGAAGCGGCGUACUUCAAGGCAGCAAAGCUUUCUCUCCCUUGGUGAAGUUUUCGCCACAGAUGUUGGACUUAGGGGACCGCAACACACCCUCGUCCUCCGAUACCACUAGGCUGGGAACGCUGAAGGGGUGAGCACUCGAGGCUGUCGUCGCAGAGUUCACCACCCGUGGAAACAUCUUUCUCUCUCUCUCUCUCCGGAAACGCCCUUCUUGCACGAGCAACUACCUCGACUGGCAGACAGUUGUUCCUGAGGCGCGGUAGGGAAGAGGCGCUGAGGAACACAAGAGAAAAACUUUGACUCUUGGCAGUGUAAACAAUGGGAUGAAGUGACUGAAACAAUAUAAAAACAGAUUAUUUAACCAGUUUUAGACAGUGAAGACAGUCUCAUCAGAUACUUGGUUGUUUAGACAUCAACAUCAAGUGUCGACAGUGUAGAGCCGGGUCAACAAUCACCAGGAUUUUUUUUUAUUUAAGUGGCGCCUGGCCUUUAGGGAGCAGCAGACCUUCCAAAGUGUGUCGCUCGGUGUGUGUGUGAGUUUGUGUACAAGUCCUGACACUACGACGCUGAAGAAUGUUGUGUACCGCGAGAGAAGGUAGAGUGGGGUGAGCCUCGUGUUGUAGGGGACAUCUUGGUGAGAAAGGGACUGGCAUCACAACAUCAACAUGACGUCCAUUAUGAAGAUCUACAGUAAAGCCACCAGAAGGGGUUCAGAUCCGCGACUACAGACAUGCCGCGGGAAGCUUCAGAACCGCCGCUCGAAGCUCAACCAAGAAAUCAACAAAGAGCUCAUGCUAAGGACGGGAGCUGAGAAUCUUUACAAUGCCACUCACAACAAGAGGAUGAAGGAGCAGGUGUCAUUGGAGCUGCAGUUUGUCAACAGCAACUUGCAGCUGCUCAAGGAACAGCUGACAGAACUCAACAGCUCUGUCGAGAUCUACCAGGGCUCAGGGUCAAAACGCAGCAUCCCGAUGAUCCCUCUGGGGCUCAAGGAGACUAAAGAGAUCAACUUCAGAGAACCAUUUAAGGACUUCAUCUUGGAACAUUACAGUGAGGAACCAGACAAGUAUGAUGAAGCCAUCACAGAAUUUAUGGACCUAAGAGGGGCCAUGCGGACACCAGAGCGAGAUGACUCCGGGGUUGCUCUCUUGUUUGAGUACUUCAACCAACUCUAUUUUAUUGACAGACGCUUCUUCCCUCCAGAUCGGUCGCUUGGUAUAUACUUUGAAUGGUACGACUCUCUCACGGGAACACCAAGCUGUCAGAGAACGGUUGCAUUUGAGAAGGCAUGUGUGCUGUUCAACCUUGGGGCAUUGUACACACAGCUUGGGGCACGCCAUGACAGAACCUCCUCUGCAGGACUUGAUGCAGCAGUUAACAACUUUUUGCGGGCAGCGGGGAUGUUCCGUUAUCUCCAUGACACAUUUACCAAUGCCCCAUCCAAAGACCUGAGCCCAGAAGUUCUUGAUAUGCUCAUUCACCUCAUGCUGGCUCAGGCUCGGGAGUGUCUACAUGAGAAGGCACUACUGGGCCACGCUGAAUACUUGGAAACUGUUGUAGAACUGUCUCAAGAGGCGGCACAGGUUGCUCAAGAGUACUCACAGGUGUUGAAAACAAUUUCUGGCGCAUCAGUGAAGGACUAUGUGCCCGCCUCGUGGAUCAGUAUGGUGCAUAUCAAAGUGGAAUAUUACCGAGCUCGUGCCCACUAUCACAUGGCAGAGUCCUUGCUAACCCUUCCUGUUGGUGUGAAAGAUGAGGAGCAACUUAGCCUUAGGGUCCAGGAUGCUCUACAGUUUGUUCAUCUGCCUCCUGUUAACACCACCACUCUAGAAAUUUCAGUCCCUACAACUCCUCAAGAACGUACCCUUCUCGGUCUGGCUCAUUGUCGUGAGUCGGUGUUAGUUCACGAGGAGGCAAUGCGACAGCAACGAAUGUGUCGGGAGCUCAAGAAAAAGUCUGCUCUGACAGAAGUGUUGAGCUUUGGUCAUGAGGCUGCCGUUCAUCUUCUUGAUCUUUAUGAAGAAGAAGAAGACUUACUAAAUGUUUUGGACCCGCCUCCCAUCGCACCGGCAACAAAGGUUCAGCUUUCCCUAACUGCUCCGGACUUCUCACAACAUCGUGUAGAGGACGUGUUUAAGCUGUUGGGGCCAGUUGCUGUGUUCUCUGCCAAGCACCAAUGGUCAGCACCACGGCCCUUAUCAAUAACACGAACGCCGACUCAAGGUUUUGGCUUCUCAGUGAGAGGAGAUGCACCUGUGGUCAUAGCUGGUGUGGACAGAGGCAGCCUAGCAGAGAGAGCUGGCAUGAAUGAGGGUGACUUGGUGGUGUGUAUUGGGACACGAGAUGUGAAGUGGAUGCCACAUGAUGAGGUAGUGUGCCUCAUACGAGAUGCUGGCAACACGCUCAACCUGACACUAGUCACACCUUGUGACAAAACCUAUUAUAAAUUACCAAAAAGCAAGAGUCUAAAGGACAUAUCACCACACUCCACCACAAGCAGUAGUAGUGGAGUUAGCAGCAAUAGCAGCACCAGUAGCAACAGCAGCCAUUUUGGUUCAGUUAAUAGUUCCACACUAUCAACCAAAGACAAGGAUAAACGGAAUAGCUGGAAUCCCUUCAAGCGAUCAACAUCAAGAGACAAACUGAAGUCUGACACACUUAUUGACUGUAAUGUUAUUUUACGGUAGUUAGAUUCACUGUAAAGUUCCCUAUAUUGUUUGAUUACUGUAUUAACACUCUGGAUUACCAGCCAUCAACCACCCACACACUGCUGGACUCUACCCCUGACAGCAUGGGUUUGAGUAUGGGUUCUGUGACCCAUAGAAAAUAUUUAUACCUAUGACCAGUCAUAGCCAGACACUUUUGUGCCCUGGGCAAGUUUCACAACUGGCUCCAGGAAUCUCCAUUGCUCAAAUAGAAACAUGAAGUAAACUAGCAUACUCUGUUUUGGAAAAUAACAUCAGCUUUUUCUCGACUUAUCGGGUGGAGAGGAAAAACUCAAUGAGCGAAAAACAACAGAUUUGGGAGGAAAUGGAAAGAGUUGCUCCAUGGGAGGAUCAUUUGAGGGUGAAGAGAUGGGAAGAGGGCUGGGGGAGGGGAUAGGUGGCAGGAAGUAAAGAAAUGGGAAAAUGAAAGAAGACGGGAGGAAUAAAAAAAAAAAUAGAAUUAGUGCAGCUUAACUUAUUCCAUUAUUUUUUUGGUAUCUUACCAUUUUUUCAAACAAUGAUCAUUUUUGAUAAGAUAUGAAUAAUAAACACAACUCAUUUUACUUAAACACACAUGUUCUUUGUGUUCACUUUCAGUUAAAUUUUCAAAUGCAAGUUGUCAAAACAAAUGUGGCAAUGUUUAGCCGAAGCGGUUUUAUUCUUAUUAAAUUUAUAUUUUUAUGAUUAUUGAUCACUUCACUGGCAGUAGUUUGUUAUACAGUGGUCCCUCGGUUAAUGAACACAAUUCGUUCCACAGAGUCGUUCGUUAACCGAAUCCAUUGUUUCAAUGGGAUAUUGGGUAAUUGGCUCCAGCUCACAAAAG